AUGGGGGUCGUGGUGGAGUGCAUAAUAAGUGUAUGUGCUGUUGGAAUUUCUAGUGUCGUGGCGGUGUGGAUAAUAAGUGUAUGUGGUGUUGGAAAUUGUGGAGGUAGUGGCGGUUUGGGUAAUGAGUGUGUUGGAAAUUGUGGAGGUAGUGGCGGUGUGGGCAAUGAGUGUGUUGGAAAUUGUGGAGGUAGUGGCGGUGUGGGCAAUGAGUGUGUUGGAAAUUGUGGAGGUUGUGGCAGUGUGGGCAAUGAGUGUGUUGGAAAUUGUGGAGGUUGUGGCAGUGUGGGCAAUGAGUGUGUUGGAAAUUGUGGAGGUAGUGGCGGUGUGGGCAAUGAGUGUGUUGGAAAUUGUGGAGGUAGUGGGCGGUGUGGGUAA